CCUCAUAUGCAUAUUGAUUAUUUUGUGAAUAAUGAUGUGAUGGUGACGCAUUAUAAUUUGCAUUUCUAUGAUCUGGAUCAUGAUACUCUUCUUGAACAUGUUGUGUCUCUUCAAAACUUCUCUAGAAGAAUUGGAGUUUUGUAAAAUCGAAGACGCACUCGUGAUAAAAGAAUAUUGAUGAUGCAUACAUAGUAACACGUGUCAAAACGUGCAAAAAUAAAGAUCUAGUGAUCAUAUUAUUUCUGCAACAGUGCUCAUUAAUAUCAGACAUUAAAGAUUAGAAAAAUGCAGAAAGUUGGAAAAUUGAAUUCCUCAAUUGAUAUCAUUCCAUUACAAGGAUCUAGUGGAGAUUAUAAAUCAAAAACCAUGAAUAAUAAACACAAAAUUGAUUCUUCCCAUAAAUUUUUGCGAGAUAAAUUAUUAAUUUCACGUGUGCAAACGUAUAUGCAUGAAAAUGAAAAUAAAGUCUAUAUUGAUGUUAAUGAAAUGGCAGAUGCUUUACAAAAAAAAUAUAAAGACUACCGUAUUAAAAAACGGGGUCCUUUUAGAGCAUUAGUACGUAAAGCAUAUGAUGAACUUACAGAAAUGUUUGCAAAAAAAUAUUGUUCUCGUGAAUGGCCUGCUUAUGAUGAUGAAGAUGAAGAGGAAGAAGUUGAUCUUGAGUCAGAUCCUCAAAAUACUAUGUUAGAUGGAAUGUUGUUAAAAAUGUAUAAAAAAUCACAAAAUAAACAGAAUGGGAAUUCUAGUGAUAAAGAACUUAUAGAUAUUAGUAGUGAUGAUGAUGUAAAUAAAAUGGAAUCAAAUUCAAGAAAAGCAAGUGAACCUGAAGUUGUGGAGAAUCUACAACAAAAACCAGGUCCAUCUUCAAGUACAGAAAAAACUAUACAUGCUAAAGAAGUUGAGCAACUGAGAAGACCUAGUAAAGAAAUACAACAAACAACAACAACAACAAGUACAACAACUACUACAACAACUACAAGUACAGCAAUAGAAUCUGCUAAGAAACGACAACGUGAUGAAGAUGCUGAUUGUCAAUUCACGUUUGUAAGGAAAACUAAAGGAAUACCAAUUUCUGAUCCAAAAAUCACAUUUUCAGACAUAAGAGGAAAUGAUAAAACCAAAAGAAUACCAAUUUCUGAACCAAAAAUCACAUUUUCAGACAUAGGAGGAAAUGAUAAAGUUUUAAAAACUGUAUGUAAAUUACUUGCUCAUAUGAAACAUCCAGAAAUCUUUAAAGAACUUGGUAUAUCUCCACCAAGAGGAUUUUUACUUCAUGGUCCACCUGGAUGUGGAAAAACAUUAUUAGCACAUGCUAUUGCUGGAGAAUUAGGUAUACCAUUAUUGAAAGUAGCAGCACCUGAAUUAGUUACAGGAGUAUCAGGUGAAAGUGAAGCAAGAAUUCGAGAAUUAUUUGAACAAGCACUUGCAAUUGCACCUUGUGUAAUUUUUUUAGAUGAAAUUGAUUCUGUAGCGCCACAUAGAGCCACAGCUCAAAGAGAAAUGGAAAGAAGAAUUGUUGCACAAUUAUUAUCAUGUUUAGAUGAAUUAAGUUUAAAAGAAAAUGGUACUAGAGUAUUAGUACUUGGAGCAACGAAUCGUCCUGAUUCAUUAGAUCCAGCUUUAAGAAGAGCUGGUCGAUUUGAUCAUGAAGUAUGUCUAGGAAUACCAGAUAGAGAUGCAAGAGCAAAAAUUUUAGCUGUUCAUACAGAAAAAGUAGCACUUUCUCCAAAUGUUAGUUUAUCUACAAUAGCUUCACUUACACCCGGUUUUGUUGGUGCAGAUUUAGUUGCAUUAAUUAGAGAAGCAGCUAUGGCAGCUGUGGAUAGAAUACUCGAAAACUUAAAAUCAGUACCAGAUAAUAAAUCUUCAGAAAUUCCAGAAAAUAAUACUGUUAUUGAAAAAAAAACUGAAAAUUUUGAAAAUUCUGGUAAUUUAGUGGAUGAAGUGACCAUUGAACCAUCUACCUCAGAUCAAAAUGUUCCUAAGUCAGAAAGUUCUCAAGUAACUUUAGAAAUGGAUGUAAUACAGGAAAAUUCUAAAUCUCCAGAUUUAACGGGAUUACUUACUUGGUUACGUAAUGAUCCGCCGCUUCCUACAGAGCAGUUAUCAAAUUUAUGUAUUGAACAUAGUGAUUUUGAAACUGCUCUUCGUAUUAUUCAACCAUCAGCCAAAAGAGAAGGCUUUGCAACAGUACCUGAUGUUACAUGGGAUGAUGUUGGUUCUUUACGAGAUAUCAGAGAAGAAUUACAAAUGGCUAUACUUGCACCAAUUCGACAUUCUGAACACUUUACAGCAUUAGGAUUAACAACACCUACUGGAGUAUUAUUAUGUGGUCCACCAGGUUGUGGAAAAACAUUAUUAGCCAAAGCUAUUGCAAAUGAGGCUGGUAUUAAUUUUAUUUCUGUUAAAGGACCAGAACUACUAAAUAUGUAUGUUGGUGAAAGUGAAAAAGCAGUUCGACAAUGUUUUAUUAGAGCAAGAAAUUCUGCUCCAUGUGUUAUAUUUUUUGAUGAAUUAGAUGCAUUAUGUCCCAGGAGAUCAGAAGGUGAUAAUUCUGCUACUUCGCGUGUUGUAAAUCAAAUGUUAACUGAAAUGGAUGGAGUAGAAGGACGACAAGGAGUAUUUUUAAUGGCUGCAAGUAAUCGUCCUGAUAUUAUUGAUCCAGCAGUAUUAAGACCAGGAAGAUUAGAUAAAAUUUUAUAUGUUGAUUUGCCUACCUCAGCAGAUCGUGUUGAUAUUUUAAGAGCAUUAACAAAGAAUGCAACAAAACCAAAAUUAGCUGCAGAUGUAAACCUUGAAGAAAUAGGAUAUAAUAGUAAAUGCGAUGGUUAUACUGGAGCUGAUUUAGCUGCUUUAAUCAGAGAAGCUGGUAUAGAAGCAUUAAGAGAAUUAAUGGAUAUGCACUAUUCGGGACAACCAGAAAUCUCUAUGCGACAUAUUGUAGUUGCGUUUGAUAAAAUAAGACCGUCCGUACAAGAAAAGGAUAUCAAACAUUAUGAAAAAUUAAAAAGAUUGUAUUCAAUUAAAAAAAAAUCUGAUGAUACACCUAUGGAAACUCCAAUAGAUACACCUAUAGUAGAUGUAGUUAUGGAACCUAUGGAAACGUGAAAUAAAAAUAAGACUUAAACAAAUGUGUAAAAAAUCUUCCAUUAAAAAGUUCUUUUAAGCA